GAUCAUCUUGGAGCUAAAUAUUAGGAUUGCAAAAAAUUUCCUUCUCUGAAUGGAUUUAUUUAAAAAAAAAAAAUUCAUACCUUGAAUAAAAACAUUAUUGAUUUAUAAUAACCGUGCCUUGAACAAUUUUGUGAUGCAGGAAUUUGAAUUGCUGAAUAUAGGCUACGGUUAAAGUUGAUAUUGAUAAAAAUAUAUAUUAACGACUAAGAUCAUUUGUGUGUUGAGAAACCUAUUGCACCAACAACUUGAAUUAUGUUCUGCUGUGGAGGCACAGAAGAGGAAAACGCAGGCCCUCCGGCUCAUUACACCGCCCCUCCUAGAGGAAAUAAACCUGUUGGUGGCGGGGAUAGAGAAGAGCCAAAAACUGGUAAUGGAACAAGAAGUGGAGCUCCAGUAAAAGCCUUACCAAUAGAAUUGCCAGCUGUGCCAUUGGAUGAACUAAACAAAUCUACCAACAACUUCAGUCAGAAAACUCUGGUUGGAGAAGGUUCUUAUGGAAGGGUUUUCCAUGGAAAGUUAAACAAUGGCCUAGAGGCUGCAAUAAAGAAAUUGGACACGAGUUCUGCUCAGGAUUCAGAUUCCGACUUUGCAGCUCAGUUGUCGAUAGUUUCAAGACUAAAGCAUGAGCAUUUUACGGAGCUUAUGGCUUAUUGUUUGGAACAAAAUAACAGAAUAUUGGUUUAUCAAUAUGCAACAAUGGGCUCUUUACAUGAUGUAUUACAUGGAAGGAAAGGAGUACAAGGUGCAGCACCAGGGCCUGCUCUAACUUGGGCACAAAGAGUAAAAAUUGCCUUUGGAGCUGCAAAAGGUCUAGAGUACCUGCAUGAGAAGGUGCAGCCUUCUAUUGUUCACCGAGAUGUUAGAUCUAGCAAUGUCCUGUUGUUCGAUGACUUCAUGUCAAAAAUAGCUGACUUCAACCUGACAAGUGCUUCUUCAGAGACAGCAGCUCGUUUGCACUCCACUAGAGUCCUGGGAACAUUUGGUUACCAUGCUCCUGAGUAUGCAAUGACGGGGCAAAUAACUCAGAAAAGUGAUGUUUACAGUUUUGGUGUUGUUCUUCUUGAGCUUUUGACUGGAAGAAAGCCGGUAGAUCAUACUAUGCCAAAAGGGCAACAAAGUCUUGUUACUUGGGCAACUCCUCGGUUGAGUGAGGACAAAGUGAAACAAUGUGUUGACCCCAAGCUUAAUGACAGUUACCCACCAAAAGCAGUAGCUAAGAUGGCAGCAGUAGCGGCCUUAUGUGUUCAGUAUGAAGCUGACUUUAGGCCCAACAUGACGAUUGUGGUUAAGGCUCUGCAGCCUCUUCUGAAUGCAAAUAAACCAGCAGGCACCGAUGCACAAGCAUGAUUACUAUAAUGAGAUACCAAGAUAUUUCAUUAUGCCCAUGAUUUUUUUCUUUUUUUGUGCUCCUUUUGUGUAACUCUUACGUUUAGUAUUUCUUCAUUUAGACAUUUGAUGCAGAAAACAGUUCGGUUCAGAAUCACUGAGAAUUAAGAAUCAGUAUUUCUUCAUUGCCAUUUACACGUUAUUGUGGGGGGCAUCAUCAAGUCUUGUUCAUUUAGGCAGAUAAUUCUCCUAGUCAAAUCUUUUGUGUAAGAUAAAAUAUUAAUCAAAUUUCAAAGGGCAAGCAUGCCUUCUCUUGAUUUGUGAAUAAAUGAGUCACACAGCCGGUUAAAACACCCUUUAUCUACUUUUUCUGUUUUAGUUUUGCGUCCUUUGCAGCAUAAGAUCCUGUUAGUUCUCG